CGCGGCUGCUAUCCACAUGCAAACCACGGGACGACGCGGCCUUACAGCUUUGUUGUCUUGCAAGGAGCAUACAGCUGCUGGUUCUCUAGAACAAUCGGCACUUGCAUCGCCUCUCCCUCGCGACGCCUUCAUGUCUACUCGCAUCUCCUACACACCGUUAUAACACUCGCUCUCUUCCCGAGCCGGCCUCAUGUUCAAGACACAGGUGCUGCGGAGGAACUUCUCUCUCUUCAAUAGAGUCCCGCACUCGCGCAUAGUACGGUCAGCAGCACGCGACGGCCAUGAGUCAGUCAUAAUACACCGGGUCCACCUACGAAAGCCUUUCUUCAGCAAAUCACGGCUAGUCGGCGCAGUUGCCAUCGCAGGAGCAACAUACGGCCUCGGACGAUACAUCGGCCUAGAAGUCGAGAUAGAGGAAGUCCAGGAGGAGCAGCAGCCGCCAACACGCUCGACUGGUCAAAUUCACAAUGAAGACGAGAACUCUGAGCCAGGCCAAGAGGUAGAUGAAGAAGAAGACGAGGACUACGAGGACGAUGCACUUCUCUUUCUACCCACAGGCUUCUCGCGACCGAGACCAAAGACGUUCUAUAGAGGCUCAGAUCCAGAGUGGCAGGAGUUCAAGAAGCUGGCCACCGAUCGGCCAAGAGUCGAAAAGAUACGCGGAGAGCUGGCAACCUUGAUUCGCGAUCUCGCCGCAAAAAACCCUCAAUACGUCGCUCGGCUUGGUAAGAUUGAUACCUCCAAAGGAAAGCUGUGGAUCGAGUUCAAGUUCCCAGAUGGUCCGCCAGUUGAGUACGAACGCCCAGGGUUCGAGUUGACGGAAGACCUGGAAUGGCGGAAGGCAACUCGACCAGUCGAGGAUAUCCACCAUCAACGCUUGAACAAGGUUCUGUUUCCCACAGAGGUUGCGAACGCGCUAUACCAAGACACAAAGAGGAAGGUAGAGAUCUCUUGGAGAGACUUCAGAGCCUAUCUGGGGUGGGAACAAAAGUCUGAGCCUGAUACUGUCCAACAGCUGGUUCAGCGGAUUGGUGCUAGUCCCCCAUCGCCUUCUAGUCGUACAGUAUCCACGAGUACCGCGAGUCCAAACCCUCUGCCCACCUCUCCAGUGAACGAAACCCAGCAACCAACAACCUCCCCCUCGGCGGCGCCCGCAGAUGGCCUUGCGAAGGACCUGGGCUUUGUCCUACCGGAUCCAAAGAAGCUUACACUGGACCUAUCCCAAUUCCGCCAGGAUUUUCGCAAAGCAUUCAAACCCUAUCAAAUGCAGUCGCCACGUGGCACGCUCUUAGUUCUGGGCUUGAUUGAAGUGUAUGGAGACAGAGCACGUAUGACACUCAACGUCACUGCGGCUUAUGAUCCCAAGCAGGGGCGAUACGUUAGCUUAAAAGCAGGUGUGUGGAAUCUUGUAGAACAUCGCCAAGCCCCGAGAGGAGGGCCUUAGAGUAGUCCCUGUGGCUCGAUGCAUUACCGGCGCAAAGGAAUUGAGCAUUUUAUAGCAGCAUGGGUGGCGUUCAUGGAUAUGAAGGUUAGGUCUCUGUCCUUCGAGCGGCAUUAUUGGAGUUAUUCCCAGGCGAGGCGGCUAUAUGGUAUGUUGGCGAGGCCACAAUGGACAAGGCACCCGCUAAACAUGAAUAUAACACAUUCAUCCUCGGGUUCAUAGGUCAAGCCGAAGGAUAUCCCUAUAUAUAUGUCUAUCAUAUCGUUUCUGCCGCUGUUCGUAUUCUUUUGUCACAAACCAACUCAAGCCAUUAAUAGACGGCGCAUG